AUGUCUCGUAGGGACAUGCUACCCCUGAACCCGAUUUUAGUUGUUGAGAUUUUUGAUGUGUGGGGUAUUGACUUCAUGGGCCCUUUUCCUUCAUCGUUUACGUACGAGAACAUACUUAUAGCGGUAGACUAUGUGUCUAAAUGGGUUGAACCAAUGGCCACUAGGACUAAUGAUCAUAAAGUGAAUUUUGGGGCAUUGUUGAAGAAGUACACCAUCACCCUUAAGAUUGCUACUUACCAUCUGCAAACCUGCAAUCAAGUGGAAGUGUCCAAUAGAGAGAUCAAGCGCAUUCUUGAGAAAACGCUUAGGCCUGGUAGGAAAGAUUGGUCUUUAAGACUUGAUGACGCAUUGUGGGCCUAUCGUACUGCAUACAAGACUCCUAAUGGCAUGUCAGUAUACCGCUUAGUGUUUGGUAAAGCUUGCCACUUACCGGUUGAGUUAGUGCACCAUGAUUAUUGGGAUAUUAAGAAGUUCAAUUUUGACUUGGUAGAAGUGAGUGCCAACCAUCGCCUCCAAAUCUUGGAGUUAGAUGAGUUGUGCAAUGAAGCCUAUGAGAGCACACAAAUUUACAAGGUUAGGACCAAAGCAUUUCAUGAUAAACACAUUGUUCGCAAGUCUUUUGCACCCAAUCAGAAAGUGUGGCUUUUCAACUCUAAACUGCGCCUCUUUCCCAGUAAGCUGUGUUCUCGAUGGGAUGGUCCCUUUGUUGUCACUCAAGUCUCACCCCAUGGUGCUAUUACCAUUCAAGAUCCACAAACAGGGCACACUUUUACAGUUAACGGGCAGUGUCGGAAGCCCUAUGUGGAUAGUAUUACAAAUAGGCAGGUCAUUGAGUUUGUUGACUUGAUUGACUCGAUUUAUGAGUUUUCUUGA